AUGUCUGUAAAAAACAACGCGAUCGUCGCGAGUAUUGUGUCGAUUGCGAUCAUCGCGAUGCUGCCAAAGCUGUGCUCGUGCGAUAACCCGAACCAGAUAUUUUACGCCAUCGCCGACGACGACGGUAAUAUUAGUAUUAAAAACACGGAAGACGGCAGAUUCGUCGGUAAAGCUAGUUACAGUCGGAGUAUAAACGUUACGGGGUGGGAUUACCUAGAAAUACUUACAUCUAUCAAAGCAGAUGACGCCACCCAAGCUUAUGCUGCUGGUUUGUUGGAAGGAUACAUCACUGCUGACUUAAUAAACACAUAUUGGCAUAAUAUUUUUCAAAAUUUCUGUGAUGGUCGAGCAGAUUUAUGUGUGAAACUGGGCGAGUAUUUGCAGACUAAUAAAAAUUGGGUCAUGUCCCAAGUGAUCGAGAAAAAUGGAUCGGACGCGUAUUGGCAUCAAGUUGGCCUCGUGUACAAGCAACUCGACGGGUUGUAUGAUGGAUAUAAAUUAAACACAAAAGAAGGAAUGCAGUCUUUGACAUGGGAACAUUUUUUUUGGAUGAACAUUCAAGAAGACUUAUUUAAUUUAUGUGAUGCCUUUAAUUCUUCGCACCCUCAUAAAAAACCGUUUGGGGCUGGAUCGUGUUCAGUUCUUGUAAAAUUACUACCUGGAUCCAAAGAGUUGUUCUUUUCUCACGUAACUGGAAAUUGGUACGAAACAAUGUUGAGGAUACAAAAGCGAUAUCGUCUUAAUUACAAGGAAAGUAAAUCGUCGUACCAACUAGUGUUUGGACACGAUAUAACAUUUAGUUCGUAUCCCGGUUUUCUAUAUUCGAUGGACGAUUUUUACUUGAUUUCUUCGGGUUUAGCAGUUACCGAAACCACUAUUUCAGUUUACAAUCCACAGCUAUGGGCUCAUAUUCAUCCAGUUGGGCAGGUGAUGGUUUUCAUUCGGGCGAUGGUAGCGAACCGACUUGCGUCCGACGGAUUGGCCUGGACGAAAUUGUUUAAGCAACACAACAGUGGCACGUACAACAACCAAUGGCUAGUAAUUAAUUAUUCGCUGUUUCGACCCGGUCGUAAAUUGCCCCGAAGAGGGUUGCUUUACGUGCUAGAACAAAUACCUGGACUGGUCGAGACGUGUGACGUGACCGAGCUAUUUAUGAAUCAGACGUACUGGGCGAGCUACAACGUGCCAUUUUUACAGGCGAUAUCUGAGGCCAGCGGUCAAGAUAAUAUGGUGAAGCGAUAUGGAAAUUGGUUUUCAUACCGAAACACACCCCGUGCUCGUAUAUUUGCCAGGGAUCAUGUCGAUGUGACGGACAUGCCGAGUAUGCUGCGCUUGAUGCGUUCCAAUGAUUUCAGAAAUGACCCAGAGUCUAGGUGCGAGUCUUGUGCUCCUCCGUAUUCGGCUGGAAAUGCGAUUUCGUCCAGGAAUGAUUUGAACGACAUAGACGGAGUGUACCCGUUUGAGGCACUUGGCUAUUCUAACCAGGGUGCUAUAGACGCCAAAGUAACGAGUCACAUGACCUUUAAGAAAUUGAAAUUUUUGGCGGUCUCCGGUCCGACUAGGGGUACCGGAGGACGUCUUGGUGGGUUCUGUUGGAGUAAAUCACACGCGGCUAACAUCAGCCACGUCGGACUACCCGACUGUUGGAAUUUCAAGCCUAAAUUACAUAAGUGGCAGUGGCAAAACUAGAGCUUAAAUCUUGGGGGAAGCAUAAUCUAGGUUAGAUAAUUAGGUAAAGUUGAUACUAUGUACUAAAAAUUUGUGUUAUCGAAUAAUGAUGAAAAAUAGUUUUAAACCAUGAAUGAAUAAUUUGAUUUUUAAAGGAUGUGUUUUUUUUUUGAGGUGGAAUAAGCCUGAUCGCUCUAGUUUGCUUUUACUUGAUAGGUGAUUUAAAAUGACAUCG